AUGGUGCUUACAACGGAGACACCAAAUGUCCCCUCUGUCCAGCAUGCGCCGAAGCAAGCAAGUGGUACAGCCAAUAUACUCCCGAUGCCAAAGCCAAAGCUGGUCCCUCUACUAAGGCUGCUGUCGAGAAGUCCAAUGCUGAUCUUUCCCGGCUUCGGGUUCCCAGGGUUCCUUGAAGCUCCUGGUAGCGGCAAUCAAAACGGUGGCGGGAAUGACGAGAAUGCUUCUCUUCCUCCCAUUGUCUCAGCUCCAGCGGAGGAGACUGGCGAGUCCACUUCUGUCGAUACUCCUGAUGCGGGCUCUGGAUUUGGCUCAGAAGCUGAAGGCAUCACGCCAACCAUUCCCGCCUCCAACAGUGCCAGUGCUGCUGCUACCACCAUCCCUGUUUCCGGUGAAUUUGACGGACGGAUCCGAGGUUCAAAUCCGAGCCUGUUCAGCCAGUUGGUUGGCCUCGCAUCAACACCGACUACCGCAAAGAUUGCUUGGACUGCAAGCCGAAACAUACUUGCGGAUGGUGCGGCCCGCCAGGCAUUCCGGACCUCCGAUCACGUGUGUUUACCCUUCAGGGAGAAGCAUUAUGUGACCUUUUGUGCUGCCCAUGUCGACAAUUGUUAUCCAGGAUACGAAGUUGCUGAGGCUGACUUGAAGCGUAUUGAAGCACUAUUGUUGCAAGUUGCCAUUCUCCGCACUUACUCACUCCAAAACCGAGUUCGCACACAUACUGGUGUCAACGGUUGGCUCUUCGAGACCCCAGAUCGCGAUCUUCCUCACACGAUCUGGACAGCAACCCACCAGGAGUUAGAAACCUCAUCCGGAUCGGAAGAGCAACAAGGACGUGGUCUUGUCGAUUUCGUUGAGGGACGAAUCCUCCUCCAUACUCUCAAAUCAACCACGGAUCAUGCGAGGUCUCUCCUGGAAUCCUUCACCAUGGGCGCAUUCUACAUGUGA